AUGGCGGCGCCGCCGACGCCGUGUGCCCGAGGCGCUCCCGCCGCUGCCUGAGGCACGCCCGCCGCCCCCGUGCCCGCCGCCAUGACCGAGGAGCCGUACGAGAAGUUCCUGGCCCCCGAGGAGCCGUGCCCGCUGCUCUCGCACCAGCACCCGCCGCGGGGCGGCAGCUUGAGCCUGAGCGAGGAGGGCUGCCUGGACGUCAGCGAUUUCGGCUGCCAGCUCUCCUCCUGCCACCGCACCGACCCUCUGCACCGCUUCCACUCCAACAGGUGGAACUUGACAUCUUGUGGGACGAGUGUGGCCAGCUCGGAGUGCAGCGAGGAGCUGUUCUCAUCGGUGUCAGUGGGGGAUCAGGAUGAUUGUUACUCUCUGCUGGAUGACCAGGAGUUCACCUCUUUUGAUCUGUUCCCUGAGGGGAGUGUCUGCAGUGAUGUCUCCUCUUCCAUCAGCACAUACUGGGAUUGGUCAGACAGCGAGUUUGAGUGGCAGUUGCCUGGCAGCGACAUUACAAGUGGGAGUGAUGUGCUUUCUGAUGUUAUACCGAGUAUUCCAAGCUCUCCCUGCCUGCUUCCCAAAAAGAAAAACAAGCAUAGGAAUCUUGAUGAACUUCCAUGGAGUGCAAUGACAAAUGAUGAACAGGUUGAAUAUAUUGAAUAUUUGAGUCGCAAAGUCAGUACAGAGAUGGGCCUUCGAGAGCAACUUGAUAUUAUUAAAAUUAUUGAUCCUACUGCUCAGAUCUCACCUACAGAUAGUGAAUUCAUUAUUGAAUUGAACUGUCUCACAGAUGAAAAGCUGAAACAGGUGAGAAAUUAUAUCAAGGAACACGGGCCUCGCCAGCGGUCUGCAAGGGAGAGCUGGAAGAGGAGCAGCUACAGCUGUGCAAGUACCAGUGGUGUGAGUGGUGCCAGUGCCAGCAGCAGCAGUGCCAGCAUGGUCAGCUCAGCAAGCAGCAGUGGCUCCAGUGUUGCCAACUCUGCUUCAAACUCCAGUGCCAACAUGAGUCGAGCACACAGCGACAGCAAUUUGUCCACAAGUGCUGCAGAAAGAAUCCGGGAUUCCAAAAAACGUUCCAAGCAACGGAAACUCCAGCAAAAGGCCUUACGGAAGAGACAGCUGAAAGAACAAAGACAAGCUCGUAAGGAAAGACUGAGUGGAUUAUUUCUUAACGAAGAAGUGCUGUCUUUAAAAGUGACUGAGGAGGACCAUGAAGGAGAUGUGGAUGUUUUAAUGUGA